GUCUUAAGAUGGCUGCUGGGCUGCCGGCUCCUGACGGAAGAAAAGAUGUGGAGUGGGCUGCUACCUCCUGGCCUAAAUGAAAGUGAUAUUGAGUUGAAUUCUGAAGAUGAAGCCCCAUUAGAGAAUGCUGGAUUUAACUUACAGGAAGAUAAAGAAGAUGGGGCCAUUACAGAAACAGAGAUCUCAGAUUUCCCAGCUGAUGGACCAAAGCCUGGAGUAGAGGCAAAUGUAAAUCCAUAUGAAGAAUGCCCCUCUGGAAUUCCCUUAAAUAUGUGGCAUACAUUUCAAGAAUUGCAUAAAAAACAUUCUGAACAGAAAACCUCAACUUCAGGAUUCAGAGGGAAAAAAAGAAAACGCUCCAGGAAAGGUAAAUUGAAAAAUGAAGAAGAUUCUCAUAGUGAACAGACCUCAAGUGAAACCCAGUGGAAGGAGCUUACUCAGUAUUUUGGAAUCAAUGAUAGGUUUGGCCCCCCUGUUAAAAAGAAAAAAAUUGACAAGUCAGGCCUUGAAAAGAGCAUAGACCAGGCUGUGGAAGAGUGGAACAUUGAGAAGGCUGAGGAACUCAGCAACCAGCUAGCUACUCGAGAGCUUGGUGUAAAAAUUGCCAAGGCGGUUGCCUGCCACAACUUUGUAAAAGUCAAAAAGGACGCUGAAAAUUCACAGGUUGCCCAAAAAAAGAAACUUGCAUGGGGGUUUGAAGCAAAGAAGAGAUAGGAAACCAAGAGCAACAUGGGAUAUAUGUAACUUGCCAGAGUUCCUCAAGACAUUUGAGUCUUGACUUGGGUUUUUGCUUGAGUCUUCAACUGCUCAAUUUACUGAAAAGAUUUACCUGCUUAUGUUAACUAUGUCAGGAAACUGAUAGAUCGGAAAAAUAAGCAUAAAAUUUGGGAGUUGAUUAUUAAAUCUUUUCAGU